UGGGCCCCCUGGAGCACCUGGUCCACAUGGACCACCUGGCCCCAUGGGUCCUCAUGGAUUCCCUGGGCCAAAGGGGGAACCUGGGUUGCAUGGUCUCAAGGGACUGCGAGGGGAACCUGGGCAUAAGGGUGACAGAGGACCCCUGGGUCUCCCCGGUAUGGAUGGACCACUUGGGACUCCUGGUCCAGCAGGUCCAAAGGGCGAUAGAGGUGAGAAGGGUGAUGUUGGUGAUCCUGGACCCAGAGGGCCAUAUGGGUUACCUGGAGCUGCUGGAACACCUGGAAUGGAUGGGUUACCAGGCUUAAAGGGAGACAAGGGCAACAUGGGGGAAAGAGGAGAAAAGGGUUUCCGGGGCUUUAAGGGUGAAAAGGGCGAGCCAGGUCAGCCUGGCCUGGAUGGGCUGGAUGCCCCGUGCCAAUUGGGACCAGAUGGACUCCCAAUGCCUGGAUGUUGGCAGAAGUGAUCGGUCUAACACAAAACGCAUGGAGUUUGUAAAUAAGGCUUCACUUUUUUUGUAAA